AUGGCUUUGUUCCAGUGCUGUAUCUGCCUAGACAUCUUCACUAACCCAUUCUCUAUACCCUGUUGCCACAACUUCUGCCUGGCCUGCAUCAAAGGCUACUGGGACACCGGCGACCGCUUUGAGUGCCCCCUCUGUAAGGAGUGCUUCCGCCGCCGGCCUGAGUUAUGGAUCAACCGUGCUUUAAAGGACUUCACAAAGCACUGUAAGAGAUCGCUGAAGGUCAAAGCCCGGCAGGCGGAGGAAGAUGAUUAUCAAGAUAUAGGAGUAUCAGUGGCACAGUGUUCCCCAGGGCUCAGUCCUGAGCCCGAUGCAGUUUCCUGCGAUUUCUGCACUGGGACAAAGCAGAAGACUGUUAAGUCCUGUCUUGUGUGCCAGGGGUCAUACUGCAAGACACACCUGGGGCCUCACCAGAGAGAGUCGGCCCUCCAGAGGCACAGGCUGACAGACACAGCAACCUUCACCAUGCCCGCCUUGUGCAGGAAGCACAAGCGUCCCCUGGGCCUCUUCUGCAGGAACAACCAGACACCGGUGUGUGCGAGAUGCACCGAGACUGACCACAAGGGCCACAACACUUUUCCUAUGGAGAGAGAGAGCGCAAAAAGAUUAAGCAAACUCAUGAAAAAGACUGAAGGUGAUUUGCUGAGGAUGGUUCUGGACAGACUGAGUAAGAUGGAUGAGAUCAAACACUCAGUGGAGCUCAGCUGA